CCGGACUGUCUGUAGAAGUGUAAACGGCAAACGCAACCUCUGGCUGCAGUGGAGACGAGUCAAAAUACGAGCGGUGGUUUCUCACGGUGAAGCUGUUUGGCCGGAGAUGCUAUUGUGCAUUCCGACGGUGAAGCUUUUUGGGUUUCAGCAACGGCGCACUAUUCGCUCUUUAGCCAAACGUUUUAACUUCAACGGACAAUCACCUACAGAGUCCCAAGCUCAGGCCUCUUUGGAUAAGGAGUGCAUUGACUUCUUACCCUGGUUAGAAAAAAUUGCUGGAUCCAAGAUAACUAACACCCUUUCGAUUGGGAAAUCAGUCCAUGGCAGGGCGUUGUUUGCCUCAAAAGUAAUCCAUGCCGGUGACUGCAUCCUGAAAGUCCCUUUCAAUGCGCAAAUAACUCCGGAUGAGCUGCCUCCAGAUAUUAGAGUCUCAUUGACCGAUGAAGUUGGAAACAUUGGAAAGCUUGCUGCUCUUCUUAUGAUCGAGAAGAAAACGGGUCAAAACUCUCGAUGGGUCCCUUAUAUCAGCCGACUUCCUCAGCCUACAGAGAUGCACAGCACGAUAUUUUGGGAUGAACAUGAGCUCAACAUGAUUCGUUGUAGCGCAGUUCACAAGGAGACUGUAAAACAAAAAGUUUGGAUAGAAAAGGAAUUCUCACUUGUAGCACAAGCAUUUACGCAACAUCUUCCCAAUGUGAUUGAAGGCCCAGCUCUGGAAAAUUUCAUGUAUGCCUAUGCUUUAGUGGGAUCUCGUGCGUGGGAAACCUCAAAAGGCAUAUCUCUGAUUCCGUUUGCAGACUUCAUGAACCAUAAUGGGCUUUCUGCAUCAAUCGUUUUGAGCGAUGAAGACAAGCAACUAUCAGAGGUAACUGCAGAUCGUAACUACAAUCUUGGUGAUGAGGUGCUCAUUAGGUAUGGAGAGUUCUCAAAUGCUACACUCAUGUUGGAUUUUGGAUUUACGCUUCCAUACAACAUUCAUGACGAGGUUCAAAUCCACAUGGAUGUACCUAAUGAUGACCCUCUCCGCCACAUGAAGCUGGGACUUCUCCAGUCCCAUUACACACGAAGUGUCAAAGAUAUCAGUAUCUUUCACUCUUCUUGUGAUACUUUCACAAUCAAGGAAGUGAAAUCUUCUAAAGGGAAAGGGAAAGGACUUCCGCAGUCUCUCCGAGCAUUUGCACGUCUUCUUUGCUGUACCUCUUCUCAAGAGCUCAAUGAUUUGUCAAAAGAAGCUGAACAAAAUGAUGGCCGACUUGCUCGGCUCCCCUUCAAAGAUGAGAGAAGAGAGUUUGAGGCACAUAAGGUCAUCUUGUCUCAUAUCAACAGAUUAAUUGAGGAUCAUAGUGCUUGCAUUAAGGAAAUGGAAGAAUCUAAAUGCUAUUUUGUAUCACAAAGAUUUGCUGUUCGAAGGCAGAUGGCAAGAGAUCUCCUCUUCGGUGAGCUUCGUGUUCUAAAAUCUGCAGCUGAAUGGCUCAAUUACUAUUGCACAACCUUGUAUUCAGCACCUUAAAUGAGCCUUAAGUGCCUAGGGAGCUGAUUUUAUAAUCUCUACAAUAGCAAUCAUACCAAGGAAUUGAGAUACUGGUGUGAAUAAGUACUCGAGUUUUAGUCUCCUCCUAAGUCCGGAUGUGGCACACAUGACCAAAGCCAGCAAUCAAUAGGAAAAACAGAGAGAUGAGGAACAUGUUGUAUCAGAAUGGUAAUUAGUGAUUGUGGAUAAUGAUUGUGAAAUGGUGGG